CAUAAGAGUACCAAAUCAAACCAAUAUUUUCACCCGUACAUCAAUCUUAUUAACGUCAAGAUUAAGAAAUGGAAACUAACCUCACAUAUUUUAUGUAUGUGUACAUAUAUAUAUAUACUUAUACAUAACAUAUAUAUAAUAUAUACAUAUAUAUAAUAAAUACAUUAAAAUGCAUUUAUUAUCUUACACGGUGAUAUUAAUUUCUCUUGGCAUAUUAUGUCAUACAUGGGAGAUACCAGAAAACUUUGCAAAAACUGAACAUUCCAACAAUUGGGCAGUAUUGGUUGAUACAUCACGUUUCUGGUUCAAUUAUCGACAUGUUGCAAAUGUUUUGUCUAUUUAUCGAAGUGUUAAACGUAUGGGAAUACCAGACUCGCAAAUUAUUCUUAUGAUAGCAGAUGAUAUGGCAUGCAAUCCUAGAAAUCCUAGACCUGCGACUGUUUUUAACAACAUUAAACAACAUAUUAAUGUUUAUGGUGAUGAUGUUGAAGUUGAUUACAGAGGUUACGAAGUAACUGUAGAAAAUUUUGUAAGGUUAUUAACUGGUCGUUUAGCACAAGAAACACCAAGAUCUAAAAAGCUACUAACUGAUGAAGGUUCAAAUAUUUUAAUAUAUUUAACUGGUCAUGGUGGUAAUGGAUUCUUGAAGUUCCAAGAUUCUGAAGAAAUUACUAGUCAGGAAUUAGGAGAUGCAUUAGAACAAAUGUGGCAAAAACGAAGAUAUCAUGAAAUUUUGUUUGUAGUUGACACUUGUCAAGCAAGUUCAAUGUAUGAAAAAUUUUAUUCUCCAAACAUAUUAGCAGUUGCAUCUAGUUUGGUAGGAGAAGACUCACUUUCUCAUCAUGUAGAUCCAGCUAUUGGUGUCUAUAUUAUAGAUCGAUAUACUUAUUAUGCAUUAAACUUCUUGGAAAAAGUUGAACCAUUUAGUACUAAAACACUGAGUGAAUUUUUAAAAGUAUGUCCAAGAGAUUAUUGCUUAUCUACAGUAGGUGUAAGAAAAGAUUUAUUUAGAAGAGAUCCCGAUAAAGUGCCAGUAACAGAUUUCUUUGGAUCACUUAGGCCAGUAGAACUUACAACAAGUUUAAUCAAUGUUUUAUCCAUUCAUCAGAAUUAUACAAAAUUGCAGGAAGUAGAAAGAAAAUAUAGUUACAUUGUGCAAUUUCCUCAUGUGUAUAAUAUAUAACAAUAAAAUAAACUGCGUUUUACCAUAAUAAUA